AUGAACCGAUCAUCAGUGGUGAAGACCCUCGUCAAGCUGGUUUUAGCGCACCCAGUUGCUGCGCUGAGUGUCGCUGGAUGCGUUUAUCUCCUGUCACUUGGUAUAUAUCGUCUCUACUUUCACCCGCUUUCAAAAUUCCCAGGUCCUCGAACCGCCGCAUUGACAGUAUGGUACGAGUUCUACUUUGACGGCAUUCAGAAAGGCCGCUAUACUUUUGAGAUCAAGCGCAUGCACGACAAAUAUGGACCGAUUGUGCGCAUCAGCCCGGACGAAUUACACGUCAGUGACCCGAGUUUCAUUGACGAGCUCUACGCCAGCGGCGGCAAGAAGAGAGACAAGUAUGGAUAUUUUUGCUCGCAAUUCGGAAUUCCAGACAGCGUCUUUGGAACAGCCGAGCAUAGCUUGCAUCGGUUACGGAGAGGCGCGAUGAACCAAUUCUUUUCAAAGGCGUCCGUCACGAAGCUCGAGCCCAUAAUUCACACUGCUAUUGAAAAACUUGUCGCACAGCUUCGUGCGCAUGCAGGAUCCGGGAAGCCCGUCAUCAUGAACAUGGCGUUUAGCUGCAUGACUACCGACAUUGUCACCGAGUACGCCUUCUCCAAAAGCUACAACUUUUUGGACUCGCCGACGUUUGAACCAAAUUUCCACAGAGCCAUCGUUGCUGGCAGUGACAUGGGCCCUUGGAUCAAGCAGUUUCCUUUUCUUAUUACGCUCAUGAACCGCCUCCCGGAAUCCAUGGUCAUGAAGCUCAAUCCUGAAGCGGCAGUCUACGUGCGGUUUCAAGAAGACAUUCGUCGGCAAAUUAGACAAACACAGGGCAAAAUUGAGCGUGGCGAGGAGGAAAAGGGUCCCAAUCAAACCAUUUUUCAGGAGCUCUUGACUGGAAAUCUGCCUGACCAGGAGAAAAGACUCGAGAGACUAUGGCAAGAAGGUCAGAUUGUGGUUGGUGCAGGCACGGAGACCACGGCCUGGACUCUCUCUGCAACCCUCUUUUACGUGCUGAACGAUCGCCGCGUUUUCUUAAAGCUGCACCAAGAGUUGAUGUCCAACAUCGAUGGCGCAGAGAAACGUAGCACUUGGAGCGAGCUGGAGCAACUUCCGUACCUCAGCGCCGUGGUCAGCGAGGGCUUGCGCUUGUCUUACGGCGUGAGCACUCGCCUGCAGCGAAUCAACCCUGUAAGCCCCUUCUUUUUCACUGCAAAGAGGCAAAUCAGCAAUGCGACAAUUAAGAAGGAAUAUAUUAUUCCUCGAGGAACACCGGUCGGUAUGACGGCAACUCUCGUUCAUACAGACCCAACCCUAUUUCCUGAUCCACAUGUCUUCCAACCGGAAAGAUGGCUCGACGAUAGCGGAGAACGCCAUCACCAUCUCGACAAGUAUUUGCUCUCCUUCUCUCGUGGAAGCAGGCAAUGUAUCGGCAUAAAUCUGGCGUACGCCGAGGUGUAUCUCUGCCUUGGUUUACUUCUCCGUCGCCUCGGGCCGAAAAUGUCGCUUUAUGAGACUUCUCUUGACGACGUGGAGAUACACUAUGAUCGAUUUGUACCGACACCCAAGGAAGGUACCAAGGGCAUCCGUGUUCUCAUACAUGAGUAA